AUGUGGCUUGAUCGCUUUCCUUGUAAUAUCCACACCACGACCAGGGAGACUGGAGCGAAUACUUCUCAUUGGUCUCGAUUCCGCGAAUGUGAGAUGCGACAACCUGACAUGCCCCGCUACCGUAUUGCUAGAAAGCUGCUGAUUAGUCUCUCACCCCGGGGAUAUAGAAUGCCCUGCACCAACAACGGGGUUCACAAGCUGUGGGAGCCCGUUGAGCCUCUUGGCACAAGUUUUGGAACAGACCCCCAGAAACCCUGGCCGCCAUUCGACAUGACUGGAACACCAAACAGCCCACCGGCAUCCGGCUCCCCUGGUCGCGCGAAAAAUGGCUCUCCCGCCAGGUCAAAGACUGCGUCGCCUUUGAGGUCCAAGACUGCUUCUCCUACAGGACCUGGCUCAACACAAAGUGAACACGAGGAUGCAACAGGCCAAAUUGAGGUUGACGAUGAGGGCAUUGGAUCUGACGGCGCGUCUACUAUUGAUGACCGGUGCGUGGUUGAUUACCCUACAGAGCACGGUCGUCGCUACCACGCUUUCAGAUCUGGAUCGUACUGGGGUCCUAAUGAUGAGACUGAGGCUGACCGCUUGGACUUCUUGCAUAUGAUGAUGGUCAAGGCCACCGGAGAGAAGCUUUUUAUGGCCCCGAUUGAGGAAGACAAGAUCCACAGGAUUCUUGACAUCGGUACUGGAACUGGAAUCUGGGCAAUGCUCAUGGGUGAGGAGUUUCCAAACGCCGAAGUGGUGGGAAAUGAUCUCAGCGCUAUUCAGCCAACUUGGGUCCCACCGAAUGUGAAGUUCGAGAUCGAUGAUGUUGAAAGUCCCUGGGUAAACUCUAAGAAGUAUGACUUCAUAUUUUGCAGAGAUAUGGCUGCGUCACUUGCAGACUGGCCGAAGUUGAUGGAGAGGAUAUAUGAGAACGUAAACCCCGGCGGCUGGGUUGAGUUCCAGGACUUCAACCUGCGAUACACUUCAGAUGACGGUAGUUAUACCGAACAGCACCAGACUAGCAAGUGGUCGGAGUUGUUCUUUGAUGCGUGCAAACGCAUCAACCGCGAAGCCAAUCCGGGACCUAAGUUGGAGGACUGGGUCAGGGAGACUGGGGACUACGUCAAUAUCACCCACCAGAAGUUCAAGAUUCCUGUUGGGGACUGGCCGAAAGACCCCUACUACAAGGAACUGGGCAUGAUCAACCUGAUGCAGAUCUUGGACGGGCUGGAGGCGUUCACUUUGAGACUGUUCACCGGCGUACUUGGAUGGACCAAGGAGGAGGUUAUCGUACUUCUCGCAGACCUUCGUUGUCUAUGCGCAGAAACCGGAGGCGGAGGCAUGAGUAUUCUUGCUCAAGACAAAAUACAUAUAGGCCAUUUGGCUUCAGGCCUCUCACCUUGUCCGGGCCCCGCUUCCGCUACCAGCCGGUCAAAACGGGCCGCUAGUUCGAACGGUCCGGCCCCGCCCGGUGUUGCUUCCGGAGCGGAGCUUAUGGUAGAUCUUGGCAGUUCAUCCGAAUCAACUAGCCAGUCAUACAAUCUCUGUCUGCACCAUCCGUGUUUCGUCCUGUUGCUAUCUCUAUAUGCCCAGGCCCAACCCUCUCCCGUGGUUCGUCUGGACAACGAUAUGGCUAGCAACUCAAUCAAUCAAGCUGGGGGCAAUCGAACUGGUGACGGUCUUCUUUCUGUCACGACGAUAAGACUCUUUGAGAUCCUUAACAUGGUUAUUCUCAAUACCGCAGAAGCAGGAAAUGAGCUCCGUGAGAAACGGAGUGCAUGCUACGGUCACAGACAGAGCUCUAAUUCAUUAUCGAAUGCUAACUCCGAGUCUUGGGUCCUUUGCCGCGUAAAAGUUUCAGCCAGUCAACCGGAACGUCAAAAAACAUACAACACCAGGUAUUCGCUGAUCGUCACCGACUCAACUACUAAUCUGGCCCUCAUCGGCUUGUCUAUGGGAGAGCGGACGGGAUCCCGAAUUCUCCGAUGGCAAUUACCGCCAAGUACACCGAAACAAGCCCCGUUGUCGGGAAUAGAUCUGGCCUUCACCCUCGCAACGAGCGUCCAAGGCGGUAUGGAGACUGACCUACGGAAGAUGCUCUGGCUUCUCGUCGCAACGCACACGAAUGUGGAAAUCGCGGUGCGAUCGCAAGCCAUCCCAGAUAACUUCGUCGGCAGAAAGUGGCAGCCGCGCUUUGCGGACCGGACGAAGUUGGUUGACAUCGAUGCCGCGGCAUCGAAGGAUAAGAUCUGUGGCAAGCGCGUCGUCAAGGGAGUGACAUUGUUCGUGAAUUCUUGGGCUAUUGAGUGGGAUAAGAAGGUGUUUUAUGAUCAAUAUGGAGACUUGGAAGCUUUCAUCCCUGAGAGAUGGCUGGACUUGGAUGUGUCUCUUGAUAACACCUUUAUGGUAUUCGAUAGCCUUUCAGGGGCCUUUGAGAGAGUACCGUUGGAGGAGGUCGACAAUAUGGCCAUGAACGCAAUCAGCUACAUGACGGAACCCUCUGAAUUCAAACUCGAGCAAGGUCACGAAAUCUCGGGCCUUGGCUUCCCAACGUAUAUGUCCAUUUCGUUCAGUCUAAACAUCUUGAUGGUGGAGCCAGCCGUAUCCAAACGCUUGAAAAUGACGGGUACUGCUAUCAGUCGGAUGCGAAGAAUAAUGUAUUACGACCGAAGUAUGGCUUCGCGCGGCCCCAGGCUGGGCGGUUUCGCUCGGUACAAUCUAACGGAAUCAGUCCACGAACGAAUCGCGCAAAUCUUGUCUGUCGACGCUGUUCGCAGUAGUCCACCACCUGAACAAGUCCUACGUUAUGAGAGCCAGACCAAGUCACGAACCCAAGCGGAGAACAAUAUUUCUUCGUAUUCGGUAGACACUUGGAAUUUCAAAUGCAAUGAAUUCGCUGUAAUCAAGAGCCAAAAUCUAGCUAUGGAAGUAACAAUGCUGGUGUCCUCGAUGUCCUUGGCGCCAAAGUUCCGGUGGCCCUUUUAUGCGCGCCUUGCCGCUUUGAUCUUCGCCGAGUCUGAUCCCAAAACCUAUAUUGAGUAUGAGAUGAUGAUUGACACAUCACGGGGAAGUGGUCCGUACUCACGCCUAUGA